UGUUGGCAACACCUGCUUUGACAGCAAAAAUUAAGGUUCUUUUUCUCUGUGGUUCCUGCUGUUAAACAUGGCACCAACUGCUAAAACAAACAAAGGCGAUAAAUCUGCCGCAAAGCCGGCCGAAAAGAAAUCGGCACCCGCAGCUGCUGCCGCUGCCAAAGGCAAAGUUGAAAAGCCAAAGGCUGAAGCUAAACCUGCUGCUGCUGCUGCCAAAAAUGUGAAGAAGGCGCCUGAAGCCGCCAAAGAAGUGAAGGCGGCAGCCAAACCCGCUGCUGCUAAGCCAGCACCAGCCAAGGAUUCCAAGAAGGCUGCCCCAGCUGCAGCCGCACCCAAAAAGGAUGCCAAGGCUGCCCCUGCCAAGGACGCGAAGAAAGCUGCACCUGCUGCUUCCGCACCAGCCAAAAAAGCCGAACCGGCUAAAGCUGCUGCCCCUGCAGCUGUUCCAGCUGAAAAGCCGAAAGCUGUUGUCAAGGCAGUUGCCAAGCCACAGCGCAAAUCGGUAACAGCAUCCGCUGCUGCUGCCUCUGGCAAAGUUGCAAAGAAAAAUGUAUUGCGUGGCAAGGGUAUCAAGAAGAAGAAGGUGUCAAUCCGUUUCGGUAUUGACUGCACCAACAUUGCCGAAGAUAAUAUCAUGGAUGUUGCCGAUUUUGAAAAGUACAUUAAGGCACGUCUAAAGGUCAACGGCAAAGUGAACAAUCUUGGCAACAAUGUCACAUUCGAGCGUUUGAAGAUGAAAUUGUACGUGAAUUCGGAUGUGCACUUCUCCAAGGCAUACCUGAAGUACUUGACGAAACGUUACUUGAAGAAGAACAGUCUGCGUGAUUGGAUCCGUGUCGUGUCUAACGACAAGGAUUCAUAUGAACUUCGGUACUUCAGAAUUAGCUCCAACGAUGAUGAAGAUGAGGAUGCCGAGUAGGCUAACCUUUUUUUAUAAUGUUCUUAACAAAAUAAAUUUAAAAAGUGAAAAGAAAUAAAUAAGCACAAAUUGAUUUUGUGCGAAAGCAAUACAUUUUUGCGACUUGACAA